CUGUUACACUCUAGUUGGGUUGUCACUGUAAGUAUUUUAUAUCUAAAUGUAGAUAUUUUGUCCUUUACAGAGAAAAUAUCGUAAUAUAUCGAAAAUCAUUAAUAUAGUACAGAAGCGUUUGCAAGGAAAAAACGUUACAAUUGUUCAAGCUCGAACAAUCAUAAUGGCCUUUCAAGUAAAAAUGGAGCUAUUUAAAUCUUCACUGGCACGAUCCGAUUUUAAAUAUUUUUCAAACUUGCGAGUACUAAAAGAAAAUGAAAAGGUUUCCGACCGUGAUUUGGAGAUAUAUAUUAAACAUCUUGAUAAAUUAAGAGAAGACUUUAAAGCACGUUUCGAAGAAUUGGAGAAUAUGCAUGUUUCCGAAUGGUUUGCUAAUCCAUUUGAUGUAAAAAUAGAUAAUGAAGGUAGUGAAACUGGCUUAGAAGAUGAAUUGAGUGAAAUAUGUGUAGAUCUCGAAGCUAAAGCGUUGUUUAAAAAUAAAAACCUCAGUGAAUUUUGGAGCAAUAACAAUAUUGCCACUAAAUAUCCCAAGCUCAGAGCAGAAGCCGAACCUUUCUUACUUGCAUUCCCAACUUCAUACGUGGUUGAAGCUGGUUUUAGCCACGCGAACGCAAUUUUGACAAAACAGAGGAACAGAUUGAACUUGGAAAACCGUGGUGAUUUGCGACUAAAACUUACCAAUUUUCAACCGAAUAUCAAUAAUCUUGAUGCUUCUCUUCAGAGACAUCCAUCCCACUAAUAUCAACUAUUUUAAUAAAAAGGUAUGUCUACAUAUUUUUAAGGCUUUCAUUAGUAGUCGCAAAAUGACAGUAUGAGGUUUUUUCAUCCAAUAUAACUAAUGUUAUGUUUUCAAAGAUAAGUGUGCAUUUUACGUAUUAUGACAUGUACGGUUUAAGAACUAUAGGCAAAUUACCAUCUAUCCAUAAUUUUGCUAUUAUUUUUUUAAGAUUAUAAAUAAAUGGAAAAUAUCUCCUUUUUCUGUUAAUGUUAUUGGGUGGAUUUUAUAAAAUAUGGGAACUAUAAAUUCUUUUGUUGGAUUGUUAUGCAGGUCUCCUUAUCGCUUAACAUUAGAAAUGCAAAAAUGAUUUAAUUUUUUUGUUAAAUACUUAAUCUGGGGGUCGAUAAGAAGGCAAAUAUUCUAUAAAGGGGUCGAUGG